UCGUCAAAAUCAAAUUCAGUAAUGAACCAGCUAUCUUAGCAGCAAUAGUGUUAAAGUUAAAGUGAAAAUGAAGUUUUGUUUGAUUUACUUGAUUUUGUUUGUGAGUUUUUAUUGUGAGUUGGUGAUGGUCGUAUCAACUAGAACCGUAUGCCCGUCGAUAUCUAUCAAAAACGGAAUGGUCAGAAGACGUGGCAAAGGGAGAAUGGUGAAAUUCAUUUGCAAUCGCACAUAUUUACUAGCUGGAGAGAGACACAGUACUUGCAGUCAUGGAAAAUGGGAUCCGUCACCACCAAAAUGUGUCCGUCCAACCUGUAAAGCAUCUCCUUCAAAACAAAGUAGUGACCUCGUUUUGAUCUACCCUACACACAAUGGAGCAGUCCAGCAUUUUUUCUGCAAACCGGGUUAUAUUUUAAAUGGACCAAGUGAUGUCUAUUGUGAUGGCAGUAAAUGGGACAACAACGUACCGACAUGUUUAGCCGUCAAUACCAAACCAAAAUUAUUUUGCGAUUUUGAAAAUGAAGAUUUAUGUGGAUGGACACAUGAUUUGAACCACGAUUUCGAUUGGAGAAGAGAAAAUCAUGACACUCCAAGUGGAUCUAUUGGUACUGGACCCACAUUUGAUCACACAAAAGGAGUAGGAGCGGAUGGAUAUUAUAUGUAUAUUGAAUCAUCCGCGAGAAACGAAAACGACACUGCCAGACUCAUAUCUCCAAUCUACGAUAGAACAGAUCAAGAAGUUUGUCUUGAAUUCUAUUACCACAUGUUCGGGAGUACUAUAGGAUCUUUAAGGGUGUACUUGAAGAAAGCAAAAGAUAAUUGGACGCUAGAUCCAAAUCUUGCAGUUUUCUCCAAAAGUGGCAACCAGGGAGAUAAAUGGUAUAGGGGAUAUCAACAUUUGGGUCCGAUUGACGAUGACUUUCAAAUAAUAUUCGAAGGAGUAAGAGGAUCAGGUUAUGUGAGCGAUAUAGCUAUAGAUGAUGUCAAAGUAAUCAUGAAUUGUUCCAUGGAUGACGUUUUUACUACACAGAGUGAAAUUCCUAAUACUGAAAUUAUCCCUACUGUUGAUUCUUGUGAAGAUAGGUGUGGUCAGAUGGAGAGCGUAACUAGUGAUAGUUACCACCUCACUUGUGACUGUGACGAUGACUGUUAUUACAAAAGACGGUGUUGUCCAGAUUAUUAUGACUUUUGCGACAUUGAAGCAACGUUCAGUUAUGAUGUGACUCCAACUGGAAUUUUGAAUGUAACGAUUAUGAACGAAAAUACAGCAACAAAAACAACAACAGAAGAACGACAUUUCACUGUCAAUAUAACCAAAUCAACAGAGAUAACCCGACUUCCAACUGCAAUCCCAAUGUUUUCUAGUCCAUUGCCAAUACCGAAACAGUUUUUCACAAAAUCAACAGACCACUUUGUUCACCUGACAACAGCAAAAGUAACUACAUCAAAAGUAACAUCACCAAAAGUAACAUCACCAAAAGUAACUACACCAAAAGUAACAACACCAAAAGUAACUACACCAAAAGCAACUACACCAAAAGUAACCACACCUAAAGUAAAAACGUCAACAGUUACUACACAGAAAGUAACAACACCAAAAGUAAUGACUCCAAAAGUGUAUAGGCCUGUUAUAUAUGUUAAACCUCCACCUCCAACAACGAAAAUAAUUAGGAAAGUUAUUGUCAAAUCUACGACCAGAAAACCAACAACUCCUUUUAUAAUGUACAGGCCGCAGCCUACAAAACCUCGCAAGGAAACUGAUUCCGAUGUAAUCAAUGUACCAAAACCAACUCGCAAUGAUGAAGGACUUUUUGUAACGCCGUCUCGCCCGGAAUAUGUGAAGCCCAAGGAAUAUUGGCCUGACGAAAACGAAAACAGUGUGGAUAGCCUCUAUCCCCCAUUUUUCCGAAACAAUGUUAGUGAAAGUGGUAAACUUCUCUUCACUCAGAAAGAACCGGACAGCCCAAAUACUAAUAUUUUUGUAAUUGUGAUAAGUGUAACCGGGGCCCUCGUUCUCAUUUCCGUUGCUGUGUUUGCCAUUGUCUGGAAAUAUCGUAGACCUGGUCAUAGAAUGCAUUUCUCCAAUGGCGAAAGUCAGAGUGACGUCAGAUUUCUUACAAGCGAUGAAAUAAUAGACUUUUCGCUAUCAGAUUGCUAUGACGAAUGAAGAAUUUCUACAAAUCUGUUAUUUAUUGUGUGAUACACGUUUUCAGUAGAUAAUAAAGUUGAUGUAGGAGAACAUAGA